AUGGCAAUGCCAACACCUGAACGCGAUCAUUCCUACAAGUUGUUAGUUGUUGGUGAUGAAGGUGUUGGAAAAACAGCUUUUUCAUCAAUUAAUAGUAUUCUUCGUACAAAAGAAUCGGUAAUCGAUAAUCUUGGUUUAGACAUCAAAACAAAAGAAAUCAACUUCAAUGGUAAACGGAUCGAACUCACAAUUUAUGAUAGUAGUAGUGCAGAAGAUCAUCGUGACAUCAUAAAAUAUUCUUGUGCAUAUGUAGACGGUAUUUUUAUUAUUUAUAAUGCAACAAACCGAGAAUCAUUUGAAAAUUUAAACAAUUGGUUGGAUGAAAUUAAUAAUCAUGGAGGUAAACAUGUGAUGAAAUUGAUUAUUGGAAAUAAAUGUGAUUUAGCAGGACAAAAGGAAGUCAGUUUUGAUAGAGCUGAAGAGUAUGGUAUUCAAUCAAAUAUUUCUAUAUUUGAAGUUUCUGCACGAGAUUUGACUAAUGUUGAAUUAGCAUUUAUGCAUAUGGUUUUGAAAAUUCAAUUCAAUUUAACAUCAACAAUCAAUCGUCGACUUGAUCAGUAUAGAGAACGAAUUGAUUUAGUAUUUGUACAUUAUGUAUUUGGUGUUGGUUCAUAUGUUGCCAAACAAAAUGUGAAUGAUCAAUGUCUUCAUGAUAAUACAGAAGAUGAGCAGCUUUCGAUUGAAGCUGAAGAGAAUGCUUGUGUGACACACACUGAUAGUGUGAAUGAAGGUGAAAUGGAACUUGCUCAAAUAUCAUCAUUAGAGAGUCAAAUGAUUGAAGAGAAAGCUAAGCAAUUAAAUGAUAUUUAUUUUUCACAAACAAUAAGUAUUUAUGUACAAAACGACAAUUAA